AGUGGUUGCCGCACAUUAGCCAGUUUCGGAACGAGGCCUUUCUAGCGGCCGUAGGCUUAGGAUAUUCCAUGACUCGAGGUUGUAUGCCAAUUUAUGUGCCGUUCCGCGUUGGUCUAUUCAUUUUUUCUAACUUUGGAUUUCUUUUGUUCACAGAGGAAGGAAUGAGCAAGUUAUCGGCGGCGGAUAUUGGGAAGGGCGAUAUGACCGAUUGGAUGGCGGACAUCUAUGAGGCCAAGAUGCAGAAAGCCAAGGCCGAGUUGGAGGAGAAGCAAGCUAAGGACGCGGCUAGGGCGUCAGGGAAGAAGAAGGGGACGACUCUGUCCCAGCUGAAGAAGAGAGCUGUGCCGGCUGGCUCGGAGACUCCGAGUACCUUCAAGAAGCCAAAACCCCUACCUCGCCGUCUCGUGAAGAAAGACGAGUCGAAGGUUGCUGAGGGGGGAUGCCCUGAUGACGAAGAGAUGGGCGUGGACAAGCCGUCUCUGGUGGUGGACUUGGUGGAGGACCCUCUUUCGGGAAUCCCGGCCGACGUCCGCUCUCAGAUACCGGCGGAGGUGGCCCGCCGAGCUAGGUCUUCGGGCGCCAAAGACAAAGGGAAGGAUGCAGCUGCUGCCGAGGAUGAGAACGUACCUGCUACUCCCCACUAUUCGUCAAAGGAUAGGGUGGCUAUAUGCCGCAAGGUUUUUAAGGCCGUCCCCGCAGAGUAUGUUGCUUCUCUUCCUGGCCGCAAGACUGACGCCCAGUUUGGUGCGAUCCAGGCCACUCUUCUCGACUUGUUCUGCCGCAUGGAAUUCUGCAAGAGCUGGAAGACCCGCACUGCUGAGGAGCUCAAAGCUCAGGUGGCUGAGUCCACCCACCAUGGUGACUAUGCGUUCAAGUCCAUUGAAGAGGUCCGCCUGCAGAUGCAGACGACCAUAGACCUUCAAGCGAAGGAGGUGGCUGCGUUGAGAUCUGACAAGGCCGAGCUGCUUAAGAAGAUCUUGGCGCAGGACAAGGACAUGGUGGCAAUGGUCGAGGAGGCCAAGACAGCGGCGGCGGAAAUACGGGCGCUUCAGGACCAGUUGCGGGAGUACCCUCAGGUCAAAGAGGCGGCUGAGGAAGCCGAGCAUCUUCGUGGGGAGCUAGAGACGGCCAGAUCGCAAGUUCGCACCUUGCGUGAGCGUCUUCUGGAAUCCUAUGAUCAGGGGGAACAAGCGACCAAGGACGCUGUUAAGCACGCCUGGGAGAGCCACAUGUCAGAGUAUGAUCUUGGGUGGUUCCAGCGGCGAAUGGAGCACAGUGCCGCUGUGUUGGCUGCUGAACGUCUUGGUCAGCCGCCCCCUGAGUUUGUAUCAUCUGAUGACGAGGACGAUGCGGCCGCCCCCUGA